AUGCAAGAAACUAAUAACGGUAGUUUGCUUGCCAAACGACUUGGUGUUGACAUAUUUGCGGCAUCUGCAGCAGCUUUCGGUGUUUCACCAUUUAUUGCAAUUGUUGAUAGAUCAAUUAUAGAAAAUGCUUCAGGUAAAGAAAAAUUAGGCAGAGCUUUAAAACAAGGCUUUGUUAACCUUUUCACUCGUCCUUUUACUUUCAUCCGAAGUCCUUCAUUCUAUCUCGUAUUUGGAGUUUAUGCGACAACUUAUUCAACUGCCAAUACUAUUGAUACUGUAUGCGCAUAUACAAAGCAAGAUAAUCAAACACCAAAAUUUCUUGGUACAACAAUUGCCAAUAUGACCACAUGCAUUUAUAAAGAUCGAGCAUUUACUAGAAUGUUUGGUUUGAUUGCACCAAAAGGUUUGCCAUGGAGUUCUUAUGGAUACUUUGCAGCUCGUGAUGCAUUAACUAUUGCAGCAAGUUUUAAUAUACCUCCAACAUUAGCUAAAGAAUUUCAGGAUCGUAAAAUUAUACUUGAUAAUGAAACUUCUCAAAAUGUAGCUCAAUUAAUAUGUCCAGCCGCUGUACAAUUUAUAAGUUGUGCUUUACAUUUAUUAGGUUUAGAUAUAUAUAAUAGACCUGGAGAAUCUAUGUCAUCAAGAUUCCAAUUUUUACAAAGAACUUAUUUAAAAACUACCAUUACUCGUAUAGCAAGAAUUGGUCCAGCAUUUGGAAUUGGUGGUGUAGGAAAUAGAGUAAUUAGAGAACGUGUUAAUGAAAUGGUAGAUCAAACAAAUUUAACUAUUAAUGCUGCAAAAAUUCCCACAACCAAUCCCGCAACUAGUUCUAAUACUUCAUGA